GCCGCCGCAGGGUACGAUCAGAAAAUCUCAGUGAUUCUAGAUACGAUCGAUAUAGUCCCUGACUGCAAGGAUGAGCGAGGUCGUACACCUCUCUCGGUAGCAGCUGCUCAAGGCCAUUCAGCAGCGGUCCGAUUAUUGUUAAGUCGGGACACGAGAGGAAUGAAUUCCGUUGACAAUUUGAAUCGGACGCCUCUAUUCUAUGCGGCUCAGCGUGGCGAAAAGAAAAUCGUCUUAAUUCUUCUUAAUCAAUCUCAAGUCAGCGCAGACAUAGCGGACAGCAACCACCACUCUCCACUGUCAGUCGCCGUCCAAGAAGGGCAUGAAGAUAUUGUUAGAUUACUCCUCUUGCGGAAUGACGUUAAAGUGAACUCGAAAGACAAAUAUGGCCGUACAUCUUUGUCAUUCGCAGCUGAGGGAGGAAACAUGAGCAUGGUGAAAAUCUUGCUCGACCACGGUUGUGACAUCAACAUUGCAGAUCGCAAUGGCUAUAGUCCACUAUGGUAUGGGCUUGAGAAGAAACACGAAGUGGUCGUGAAGUUUUUGCUC